CACGAUAUGAAGGACACCACUACAGCGACGCUGGCCACUAGGAUCAGCAAUAUCGCAUCCAUGGUUCCCGACGAGAUCAUUUAUAAUCCGUCGGACUACAGCGUGAGAACUUACGCUGGAGCUCUUAUGUUCAUUGAUAUAUCUGGCUUUACGGAGCUGUGUGUAUGCUACACAAAACCUGGAUGUGGGGGGCCGUCCAGGCUAACUCAGGUGCUGAACUCCUACAUCGGAGCCAUGGUCCAAGAGAUAAUGGCUCAUAACGGAGACGUCCUCAAGUUUUCCGGGGAUGCCUUCCUGUCCAUGUGGAAGAAGACACCCAGGCUUAGCAUGCAGGAGGUGGUCCACACGGCCAUAGAUUGCGGGCUCAUCAUCCAGAAGAAUUACGGGACAUUUACCACUGAUAUCGGGAUUAUUUUGAAGGUAAAAGUUGCAAUCUCCGCGGGCCUGGCCCACUUCUCCAUAAUCGGCGGAGACACCGCUUCCUCCCACUACGUGAUCGUGGGCCAGCCGGUGUGGGACGUCAAGAUGGCGCAGUACAUGAGCACGGCUGGGGACGUCCUCACGUCUGCCAGCGCUUGGAUUUACGUGAACGAAGCGGAUUAUUGCACUCAGCCCUGCGGCGAUGGGAGGCACACUAAGGUUUUAGGUGUGGGGGCGACGUGGAAACGAGUUGAAAAUGGACAUGGUUCCAUGGCUACCAACCCAGGUGUCUUUACCGAAUAUGGACCAAAAAAUGCAACUGACAUGAUAGAAGAUGAAGGAAUAACAAGAAUGACAUACAUCGAAUUUUCGCGUAAGUAA